GCGAAAAGUUUUGGGCUAAAAACCCACCUUUUUGCUGCCAGCCGAGCCCGACGUCAGGGGCCGCUGUGCGCCGCUCGGGGCUCCGCACGCGGCCGCCACACAAAGGCAGCAGCUCCGCUCCGCUCCGCAGGCAGGAUGCAGGUUCGGGGCCUCCUCCUCCUCCUGGCGCUGAUCCUGGUGGCUGCUGCUGCCGAGGCUGGCAAGAACAAGAAAGAAAAGACAAAAAAGGACGGCUCCAAGUGUGAGGACUGGCACUGGGGACCUUGUGUUCCAAACAGUAAGGACUGUGGCCUGGGCUACCGCGAGGGAACUUGCAAAGAUGAGAGUAAGAAGCUCAAGUGCAAGAUCCCCUGCAACUGGAAGAAGAAAUUUGGAGCUGACUGCAAGUACAAGUUUGAGAGCUGGGGUGGCUGUAGUGCUCAGACAGGCCUGAAGACUCGCUCUGGCAUCCUGAAGAAAGCCCUGUACAAUGCCCAGUGUGAGGAGACUGUCUAUGUGACCAAGCCCUGCUCCUCCAAGAUCAAGUCAAAGUCCAAAGCAAAGAAGGGCAAGGGGAAGGACUAGAGCAGGAAGAGCAUCCUCAGCGGCUCCUCAACAUGGUGCCUACAGGACUGGAUGUCCAGCUGCAGCUGGCCCACACUACAGUCUUCCUCCUCCUCUCCUUACUCCUUUCACUGAGAUGCCUUGUUUUAAUCAUUAGUGUUGUAGAGAGCAAACCCACCCACCCUGCAGGAUAGGCUGCCUCCUCCUUUGCUGUCCCAUGGGCACUGCUGGUGCAUCCUGCUCACCUCCUCUCAGCUGGUGUUGGGGUUCCCUGGGAUAUGCUCAGAGAGCUGGGAUGGAACACACAUUUUUCCACCCUCCAGCACAAAUGAGUUGCAUUUGGCACAUCCUUUUGCAAGCCCUGGAGCCUCCUUGCUCCUCCACCAGGUACCAGUGCCAGAGGGAAGGGCUGGGUGUUGAAUGACCAAGUAAUCCCAUCACUCAAGCUUCUCACUCAAGGGGGUUUAUUCCAGCAUCCCUUUAGCUGGGGCAUGAUUUACCUGCAGCAGUUGAGGAAAACACAAUCACCCUGAGAAGCAACCGUGUCUCCUCUCUGUCACUUCUAACCAUGUGUGUCCAUGCUGGGCUGCAGCCCUUCUGCCUUUGCCAUGCCAAGACCAGUGAUGGGUGGGAGCUC